GUUCAGCGUUUGCAUGAUUACUCCGAACACAAUGUUGAAUGUUCAAUCGAAUAAUAUAGAAACAGAGAUAUAGUGUUGAUGCACGAAAAACUGAACCAAAAGAAGUGUAACUAAUUAAUUACGUAAUUUAGCACUGAUUUCGAUAAUAAUAUACAAUGUGUUGUGUUUAAGCUCUGUUCGCGCACUGUUUUUAUUUAUUGGGCAAUAAAACAAAAGUUGUUUUGGGUGAAUGGUCAAAUAUUUAUUUCACACGUGGCUGAAAGAAAAGUAUACUUCUCUACUGGUUUCGCCACGUAAGUUAUUCAGAUAACCAAUCGUAAAAUGUAAGUUCAUGAUGCACAGAAAUCAACACAUUCCCACUAUAUCACAUUUUUAUUAUCAUGCUGUUUUCCACCCGCCCAGCAUUUUGGCACUUUAGCCAAAUAUCUGAUUAUAAAGGCGAUUUCUUAUCACAUUAUACGAAACACAAAUGAUAAUAAUUUUAAUUCUUGCAGACGUUGACGAACCGUUUCGCCCCUAGACAAGUUUUGGUAGUUUAAUCAGAUUGUUGAUUUAAAAAAACAAGAACGUCCAGAUGCAAUUAAAGCAGCAUCUCUCAGGCGUUAUCGAAUGAAUAAAAAAAUGCUGUCUAGUUUCAAGCAAAUUUACGUAUUAAACUUGGCAAGUGUUUAAAUAAUCUGAUUAUAGAGGAUAAAAAAAAAAAACUUUUAUAUUUAACAUUGAAUUUAGCGGUUUAAUUCAAGUGAUUUCAGAUCAUUAUUAUUGAAAGUCUCUUGCCAAGAGACUUGUUUGAAACUAUGGAUAGUGUAAGAAUUAAAUAUAUUUUAAAUUCUUAAGUUUUAAUUUGUUAAAAUUUUAACUUGAUAUUUAGCGCGCUAUAUAUUUGGCGCUUAAAGGUUUGGCGUCACGUUAACGUCGUCGCCUUUUUACGACCACGUCAUACAUAAUAAACUUCGGGCAGUAGAAAAACAAAAGUUAACGUCAACGGCCGAUUGAUAAGACAAACACAUAUUUAUUCAGGAUUUGAAGCUAAAUACAAUAUAAGACACCAAAGUUCGAGAAUCGCCAUGUAACGCCAUUAAUAAAUGAAUGGCCAUGUUUUGCCAUGAUGAAUAAAACAGUUGAAACCGGCGCAUCUCUUGAGUGUUGAACUAUAAUUGACGAUCCCAAAUCUCGAACAGGAAGGAUGUUGAUUACAUUUUUUAUAAUGGCUUUGCUUCAAUCAACGAUUCGGUGUAACGACUGCAAAGACGAUGAGAAGAUCGACUGUAUAAUGUUAACUUCAAUGUUCAACAUAUGCAAUGUCAACAUUGAAAACGCUGCAAAGCUAUGCCGGCAAACCUGCAAUUUGUGUUAUUACCCAAAUGGCAACUGGGCCGAGUGGUCAUCAUGGUCAGCUUGCUCCGUCACGUGUGGCAACACAUCGCUGACAAGAUCUAGAACAUGCACCAACCCUCCUCCAGAAAAGCAUGGCAAGGACUGUGAGGGGUCUCACGAAGAUAACAAACAGUGCGUGUUGGGGCCCUGUCCGGUUGACGGCAACUGGACUGAUUGGUCAAGCUGGUCAACAUGUUCUAUCACAUGUGGAAGCGGCACGCAUUUUAGAAUAAGAACGUGUACCAACCCUCUACCUGCACACAACGGCACAGAAUGCGAAGGUGCAUCGGAGGAUAAUAAGUCCUGCGUGCAUGAACCAUGUCGAGGCUGGGGACAAUGGAAUGAAUGGGGUUCAUGUUCCUCGACGUGUGGUGUAGGAAUACAACAUCGAAAUAGAUCUUGUCACACGCCUAUCUACACAAGUAUAGAUGAUAUCUGUGUUGGCGAUUAUACAGACGUACAAAUAUGUAUGCCACGCGCAUGCGCAGGUAUAAUUCGUUCAUUAAAGGAACAGAUAAAGGUCUGAUACUGAGAUUGGUAC